AUGAAUUGGCAACGCAUUUUACGUAUAAGCAACUGUUUCCUGCUACUCACUGGUUUUCAGCUAUACAGUUUUGAACCGAACAGACAGCGUUAUCAUCUAUCCCUAUGGGGUCUUAUUAAUUUCAUCGUCCUUACACUUUUCUAUAUUAUCUGCGUGAAUCAGCACUUCAUACACUCACCGCUACUACGGAUUUUCCACGAUGUGUCACCAUUUCUCUGGAAGCUGAUCCGUGUACAAUUAAUGCUGGGUCUGAUGGUUUUCAUAUUCCGGCUGUUUGCAAUGGCUGAAGUUGGGCGUGCAUGCAAUAGUAUUGCAUGCUUUUCCUCGCGAGUAUUUGCGCGAAAAUUCACCAUAGAGGAGGCAUUUGCUUAUUUUUUAGUAUUCUCAACAUUUCUGCUUACAUUUUGCUUUGCUUUGUACAUUGCCUAUGAAAUGGAAUUCAAACUGCCGCCUUGGGAUAAUAUUUUCAUAGGCUUUGGACUAUCCAUUCCACACUUGGCUUUGGCAGGCGCUUUGAAAUUAUACACACUUAACUGUUGGUUCAUGCGCGAAGAGUUACUGGAGCUGAAUACGGAAUUGCAGGAUGUACUGAGGACGGAACAAUUGGUAGCUGAGGUGAAAAUUGCGGACGACAAGAUUGAAAUGGAAGUUAGUGCUAGUGCACUAAAUGCUUAUGUGAGAAUGCCAGUAAAAGAUAAGCAAAAACGAUUGGAUCAGUACUAUGGACGAUUAGAACAGUUGUCUGACGAAAUACAAAUUGUGAAUACAGCAUUGGAUAAGGAGUUGUUUCUAUUGUUAGUGAUGAACAGUUUUUGUCUACUGGCGGGAGUUUAUACGUUGGUCUAUUUCGAAGCUAGUUGGCAUAUAUUUUUCUCUCCAUCCUGGAGGCGUAUUUUCUAUGCCGCCAACAUUGCGAUUUACGUGCUAAUCUUCUGGGAUUAUUUGUGUUUGUGCACAAGCGUAAGCCUUUACAACAAAGUGAAAUCCCAAUUGCUUGUGGGUGUACAAGGGGUUUUAAAAUCAAAAAACUUCAUAGAAAAACCCACUCGUACUGCACUGAAACGUAUACAAAAUCUGUUAGCCUCCAAGCUCAGGCUGCUAUUAUUUCAAGCUGUGGAUAUAAACAUUGCGAACUUGUUGAUGGUACACAUUGUUCUGGGAAUAGUUAUAUCACUAAUUGUGAUGUAUAAAUAUUUGAACGAUCAAAUUUGUUCCAUAGUCACACAAUUGACCGAUAGCGAUGACUAACAAUUAGCGCUAUACACAUUCUUAAUAGCAGAACAAGUUUAAAAUAAUAAAAUACUCGGCUAAAUG